CGUGGCAAAACACCCCAGUCAACUUUCGGGUUAGUGUAGAGAGAUUAGUAUUUAUAUGUAUUACAGGUCUUCUGUUUUAGUUCCCUAGUGAUCUCAAUGCUAAUGAUAGGAUCCGUAAUGGGCAAUGCUUUGAUGAAGUUUGCUGCCGUGGAUUUUGGAAUCCAGUGGGUUUUGUGGGUUGUGGCAGCUCUGCUUCGCACUGAGCGAUUUUAUGAUCUUGCAGGAUCUGGUACCUUUCUGCUCCUGGUACACUUGAGCCGGAGACACACUAAUACAAAUUACCUGAGGCAAAAUGUACAGACAGGGAUGGUAACAGCCUGGAGUUUCAGAUUGGGCCUGUUUUUGUUCCUGAGAAUAAUGAAAGAAGGAAAGGACCAACGGUUUAAUGGAGUCCGUGACAGUCCAGGAACAUUCUUCAUGUACUGGACAAUACAGGGUGUCUGGAUCUUCGUAACUCUUCUGCCAACAUUGAUGCUGAACUUAGAAAAGAAGGAUAAGCCAUUGGGCUUCCAAGAUUACUUGGGAUGGGGUCUCUGGACAGUUGGCUUCAUUACAGAGGCUGUGGCUGACCAACAGAAGUGGAAGUUCCGUAGUGACCCUGAGAAUGCAGGUAAGUUUAUCAGAAGUGGCCUUUGGGCAUACAGCCGCCAUCCUAACUACAUGGGAGAGAUUUUGCAGUGGACAGGACUUUUCAUUUCUGCUUCUUCUGUACUGUCUGGUGUGCAGUACAUUAGCAUUGUCUCACCACUGUUUAUCUGGUACCUCUUAAACUAUGUCAGUGGGAUCCCUAUUUUGGAACAGCACGCAAUGAAAAAGUGGGGCAGUGAUCCAGCAUUUCAAGACUAUAUCAGGAAUACUCCAGUGCUUUGGCCUUUAAAAUUAUUUUAAACUUUUACCCAACUUAAGAAGUUUCUCAUGCAAAAGAGUUCUUGGUGAAUAUUAUUGUCUGAAUUGUUUUAUGUACUAUGACUAGUGUUGUAAAGAAGGGUCAAAGUUGCCACAUAUUCUUUCUGCAGUAUCCUUUACCUAUUUUUUUUAGAAACUGGGUAUAUUACUAUAAAAGAAAUAAAACAUUGCUGAUAUUUCUGUCAUACCUACAUACUAUGAAGCUUAUUCUUGUGGUAGUAAAUACAGUGCAGAUGGGUUAGUCAGUUAUGGGUAUAACAUAGAAGAAAUGUCCAUUCCUCCAAUUUACACACAGCUGUUCAAACAGCAGAAACCCAUGUGAAAUCUACAGUCUUGUUUGGUGAAAUGACAGAUUGUUUUCUUGUUUUUUCAGUAGUGCAGUUUUGAUGAUCUCAUAAUGGUGCAGGUGUCAAAGCAUUUUGAAUAUUAUUUUACUCCUUUUCAGCUAGCUUAAAUGCUUCUAGUAAUUUGCAUAUAUAUCACAUUGUGCUGCUUUUGAGGAUUUUGUUGCAGAUAACCAAACUAUAGCACUAAUGGCAGAUGUAAUACUGUUUCAGCUACACCUUCCCCUUUUGGCAUUCUUAAAGUUGUGUGAAUUCAGUGCUUACAGGGUCUUCUAAAAUAAAUACUUACUGAAUGUUA